AUUCAAUCACAUCCAACUUCUUAACAAAAAAUUCAAAACAAACAGAGUCCCUUCUCCCAUCUCACCAUUUCUGGUAACAAAAAUCUCAUCAUCUCAUGGCAAAACUCAGAACCCCUUUGAGCUCAACCCAAGCAACAUCCUACCUUCUGUUCAUCAUGCUCACAAUAGCACUCACCACCAGCUCAGCAGCCCGAUUCCUCGUCGAUGAACAGCCUGCUGACUCGUCAUCAUCCCCAUUGCCAGCAGCACCCAUACCACCACCCACCACCACACAAACCACCUCUGCAUCCCCUGCAACCACCACCACCACCACCACCACAGGUGGUUCCAGUGGUGGAGGCGCCAUUGACCCUGACCACACAUUGACCUUCUUCAUGCACGACAUCCUCGGCGGAUCGAACCCAACCACAAGAGCCGUGACAGGAGUGGUCAACAACCCUGCAAUCAACGGCCAAGUCCCCUUCGCCAAGCCCAACGGCGCAGUCCUCCCGGUCAACAACGGCGUCCAGCAGAACAACAACAACAAUGGAGUCAUCAACAACAACAACCUCCCCUUCCUCACUGGUCUCGGCGGCACAGCGUCAGCAAACGUGAUGCAGAACAACAACAACAACAAUGGCAACAAUUUCAACAACUUCCCAGUAGGCAACGGUGGCCAGCUCCCCACGGGUUCGGCCCUCGAACAGCUCAUGUUCGGGACCAUCAACGUGAUCGACGACGAGUUGACCGAAGGGCACGAAUUGGGUUCGCAGCUGCUGGGGAAAGCUCAGGGCUACUACGUGGCUAGCUCGCUGGACGGGACGAGCCAGGCCAUGGCGUUCACUGCUAUGUUCCAGAGCGGGCAUUAUGAGGACAGCCUCAACUUCUUUGGCGUCCACAGGUCUGGGGUUUCCGAGUCUCAGCUUGCUGUGAUGGGUGGAACUGGCAAGUAUGUGAACGCUAAAGGGCAUGCGGUUGUGAAGACGAUUCCAGUUGGUCCUGGGAAUCAUGAGACCGAUGGGAUCGAGACUUUGCUCGAGUUUGCUGUUUAUGUGAUCUACUGAUGGAUUGAUUGGUGAUUUGGGUUUGUUUGUGUGAAGGGAUUUGAGGGUUUGGGUUGUGGUGGGAAAAAGAUGUGUAUGCUUGUAUGUUUACUUUUGUUGUGUUUGAUUUGGUUUGUUGCUACCGGAGAAUCAAUGACAAUACGAGUUCCACUUUCCUAUCCAAUCAGUCUGACCCUUGAACUACUGGGAAUCGGUUGGAAUCGCCAAAGCCAUGUCCUGCAAAGAAUGGAUAUGAGCUGGGUUCAAGCCAGGAGGUACACAGUAGAAAGUUGCAGUAAAUUUGACGUGGAAGAAGAGGCGCGGCCAGGGUAUGCAGUUAGUGUUUGAUUGUACAUUUAAGGAUAGGAAUAUAUGAGAGUGGGAAAGGGGGUUGGAAAUAGUACCACAUCGACUGGAAGAGGAAGUUUGGAAUGAGAAAGCGAGUAUAAGUAAGGAGUUGGGUGCUACGGAUCAACAUACUUACCUGGACGGGAUCAACGGGCGAUCAAUAAGGCUUGUGGUCUAGGCCAGUGACCUCCAUUGCACUUUACGGAGGGGCGCUGGGCUAAGGUCUCCCCAAUGAGGGAGAGCCUACGUCAUAAUUUGUGGCAGCGGGGGCCUGCGUUCGCGCGGCCCCUACCCAAUUUUUAGUUAAAAAUAUAUUUGGGCUCGGCCUUGUUGGAAGUCUGGGCCCAACGCAGCUCCUACCCAAUUUUGAAUUAAACAAUUUGGGCUUUGGAUGAUUACAAUACAAUUCAUCCGCCCCAGUUUUUUUUCCUACUAAUGUAAUACAAUAAUUUUCUUGCGUCAUUAUAGGUAUACAUUUUUGAACAGCCAGAAAUAUUAUCAAGCUCAUGGUGUGGAGUGGAGAUGAACUGAACUCUACCCCCUCGAAAUUUACUGUUCACUUUUAGAACUGCAAUUCCUGCAUUCACCUCACUUCCACUGCACAAAGGAAACGAGGACAUGUGUAUACCCGAUGUAUAAGCAGAAUACCAAACAAGGUUUCAUAAUCGACAAAUGUACUAUAGUCUAGCUUCUCAUAGAACUAUCGAGGGCUGACUCUCCUACCAAAGAAACUACAAGAAAGGGGGAAGCAAUGUCAUCUUUAACUUUCUAUGUAGUAGAAAAUGUCAACAUGAACUCACCAAAUCUAUCAAAAUUCAAAACCCGUUUGACCUAUAUAUCGAUGGGUAGGUGGGUUAAUGAGUCGGGUCGAUGCUUGAUGGGUUUCUGAAAAAUUACUAUGCAUCGAGGUCUCUCGUCUUUAAAAAAAGUAUGCAUUAUGCUAAAAUAUUUGAUGCCUAGUACCUAAAGUUUGGUUUUGCCGGGUCUAUACUAACUUCAGUUUUACAAUUUGAAACCGUUCUAUGGAGCAUGUGUUAGUCAUUGGUAAGAAAUUAACAUAUUUGCAUUCUCUAAUACGAUUUCGAAUCAAUAUAUAGUGGUGUAGACUAUGAAGAUGAAAUCUCCGAUGGAAUCAAUUCACCAGUAACACCAAUGGUCGAGAACAAUAACAAGAAAACCGACUACUUUCAAUUUCAAGACUGUUUGAUUCAAGACAUACAAUAUAAUAUAAUGCAAAGUUGUAGGUUAUUUUCUCUAACUAAGCCACUUAGCAUGAAAAUAAUGAUAGCUGAGGAAAGAAACUCUAAGCUAGAGAAAUUUAUUCCCUCAACUAUCACUACUUUGACGCUGCUAAGUGAUUUCUAAAAGGAAGCCUUAACUUUGCAUUAUACUGCAAGCCUCGAAUUAAAAGUCUUGAAUGAAGUUGGUCUAGUUGUUGCUGAUCUCGGCCACUGGUGCUACUGGUGUAUUGAUCCCGUUGGAGUUGUCAUCCUUGCAAUCUACACAAUUGUAAUCGGGUUUGUAACCGUACUAGAAAAUACAAGUUGGUUAUUUUAUCAUCAAUAACUAUUGCAUGGUCCAUAAAUGGUUCAAAUUGUAAAAGUGGCAAAUAUAUGAAACUCUAGGUACUACUCAUCAAAUAUUCCGUGCAAAGUAUACUUCUAUUUAACGAUGAGAGAUCUAAAGUCGUAUUAAUUUUUCAAAUACCCAUAAAGCAUCAACCCAUCUCAUUAACCCACAUAAGGGUUAGGUUGGUGUGUUCAUAUUGAUACUUUGCAAUACUUCAAAAAGUUAAAUCUGACCUUACUUCCAAAUUUUUGCAAGUUUUUUGGCAGCCAAUUCUCCCAAAGUUCUAUUAUAAGAAACUAAUAUAAUUCUGUGACAUUAUCAUCCACAAGUCAAAAGAGUGGAGACCAUUCGAGCAUACAUCUUUUAUGUCAUCUACUUUGUUGAGGUUAGUUAGAUUGAUGGGGCAUACAGAUCGAUGUUUAUUUUUCCCCAAGAAAUUGGUGGUGAGCAAUGAUAUUUGGUUUGACAGGUUGAUAACGAGUUGGUGGAAGACAUGUUGUUGAAAGAAACUCAUUAAGUUCACAAAUAGUUGUAAACAUAGAGUGAAGUACUACCAGAAUUUGAGCCGGAGUUUAUACAUCUCGAUUAUGAGUGUACUUACAAGCCAAAGUACAUUAUUCUUAGUAGGAUUUCAUACGAACUAGAUUUUGGUCGGUUAUAAACAUAUGAGUUUAUGAUAAUCUUUUGCUAGGAACUAGGGUGGAUUGGCUCUUUUUUAUCCCCCCAUUAUAUCAGAUAUACAAAUAACAUUUUGAUAUAUUUGUAAAAUUUUAUGUAUUGUGACUUGUGAGCAUAGAAAAUAUAUUCUUCUACUAAAAUGAUAUUUUCAUCAAACUCUUCGACCAAUUUGAAGUUAUUUCUAAACUCGACUGCUAAUUAAAUUCUAAAUUACUUUAAAUUUAAGUGUCAACCUAUAACUUUCUAAAAAUAAUUUGUGUGUUGGGUUAAAAAAAAUUCUCGUCCAUGGGUUGUUUCAGUAAAUGAUUUUUUCUUAC